UUAUUAAAUCCUUGCUUGGAAAACAUAUUCGUACACUCUGAUACUAAACAAAUACAGUGGACUUAGAUACCAUGACUCUCUAUGCCCUUCGACCGACCGAUUUAUAUCAGCCAUGCUACGUCUCUGCUACUCCUAACAACCUUUGGUUACUGAAAUGUUUACAGUGACACGCAUUCAUCACGGUUAAUUAAGUGUGACCUGUUACCUCGUUCAGGGCCUCAAUUUGCAAAGGGGGGUCAAUCUGUAACAGAUUCCGAAAGCGGAAGUAGCUCUUCAGCAUAAACUGCGACGUGUUUGUCUGUCAACAUUGACAUCGAUAAUUUCUUCAGUGUUUGGUAGCGAUGCAAAUAUAACAGCAUGUAGAAAUGGGGGCAAACAGCAGCAGCUUCAGUGACCUUGCAACCAACCAGUAUUUGAUACGAUUUGCCAGUUCAGAAGCCAUAUCUGUGCAGGACCCUUUCUGGAAUCAGCUGUUGUCUUAUACGUUUUUAAUUCCAAUCAAUAGUUCAGACGGAAAGCUUUUAGAGGAAAGCACGUCAUUGACUUGCAAGAACCUUGCCAUAAAUAACUGUAAGACAGGCAACUUUGGAUCUCUGGUGCGGACGUUUUUGAUAAGAUGCACAGAGCUUAAAGCUUCGGCCCAAUGUGAAGACAACAUUUUCACAUGGCAGACCUAUAACGCAUUGUUCAUCAUCAGAAGUGUGUGCAAGUACCUGGUGGAACACCUAAGUGAAGACUUACUGGUUCAACAGUUUGAUGCUAAGCCGGCAAAACAAGAGGGUUCAGAGGAAGACUCGAUUCCUCUGGGUGAACAAUUGAUGACAGCUCUGGUAGAACUGUUGGUGGAUGUGCCUGUCCUGAGUUUUACAUAUGCUCUACACCUGGAGGCCCUCAACACUCUUAUAGUGCUACUUUCGGUUCAGAUGUAUCAGCCACUGCCUGCCAGCAGAUUUACUAUGUAUAAAUAUAUGAUGCAAGGAAAGUGCUCAAUACAUGCAUGCUUGCUGGUAAAAGCCUUGCUGAGAAAUUACGUGAACCAAGAGAAGUGCCCUCACGAGCUCUACAAAAACACAACCGAUUCUGUAGGAGCUAUUGCAAACAUGACAGCAUCAUUAGCAUCAAGUCUCUGGUCAGUUGUCACACUGGGCAUGGGGUCAUCAGCAUCGGCGUCAGCAACAAAGAAGACUGAAGAAGAAUUUAACGAGACCCUUUUAGCCAAUCAGAGUCUUCUAUUCUUGUUGGUCUUGGCCAAUCACUGCACAUCCGAACUGGCGUUGAAAAAUCCGUAUCGUCAGGCACUUUUUCAGUUCACAAAUGCACAAGAGGCAGCUCAAGGCCCAACUACUGCCCAUGCGACCUUCAAAACCGACUUCAGCGAAUUAUACAAGACACUUUGCAGCACGCUGAAAGACGACCAGACCACCCUGCUGCUGUAUCUGCUGAUUCACCGAAAUCCAAACGUGAAGGCUUUUAUACUGUCACGUACCAACAUUGACCAGUUGAUAAUGCCAUUGUUGAAGAUCCUGUACCAUGCCCAAGACAAGAACUCCCACCACAUCUACAUGGCGUUGAUUAUUCUGCUUAUUCUAUCAGAGGACGAUGUUUUUAACAAGGCAGUCCAUGAAAUUACAUUAAAAAAUGUGCCAUGGUUUAAAGAACGCACCAUGUCUGAAGUUUCUUUGGGUGGGUUGCUUAUCUUGGUUGUGAUUAGGACGAUACAGUUCAACAUUGCGAGAAUGAGGGACAAAUAUCUGCACACAAACUGUUUAGCAGCUCUGGCCAACAUGUCGUCACAGUUCACGAAUCUCCAUCAGUAUGUGUCACAGAAACUUGUGAGCUUAUUUUCGCAACUUUGUAAAAAACACAUGAAACUUGUGGACCAAAUCCGGGUAGCAGCAAUGAAAGAAGGACAAAAACCAGAAACAGCAAAACCGGAAAAAUCAAAACUGGAAGGUGCUACCGGAACUGGUAGUUGUACUGAGGACGAGGAGGCCACACAGGAAGAUUAUAUGCAAGAUCUAGCGGUCCUGGAAGAGGUCAUCCGAAUGGUCCUGGAAAUCAUAAACAGCGCCCUUACGUCACAGCUCCAUCACAAUCCCAAUCUCGUGUACACACUCCUCUACCAAAAAGACUCAUUCGGACUGUUCCGAUCUCAUCCCACAUUUCAGGACAUUAUCGUGAACAUUGACACUGUUAUGGCGUACUUUUCGGGGAAGUUGGAACAAGUAGGGGGCAAUCCGUCACCUUCGGAAGUGUUGAACGUGAUUCAACAAGGGUCCAGGCAGUUUCGAAGGGAUAGGUUAAAGAAAUUCCCAGACCUUAAGUUCAAGUAUGUUGAAGAGGAAUCUCCCGAAGAAUUCUUCAUUCCCUAUAUCUGGUCCUUAGUGUACCACUCGUCCAAUCUGUACUUCAAUGCAACGAAGAUUAUACUAUUCUCUUUAAGUUCUUGAUAUCAUCACAUGUAGUUUGUUUUUUGGGUAAUUUAUGAACAUAGAUUUGUGCUUAAUAGUUUGUGUUCUGUAAACACAAACAUAAAAUUAAUUAUAACUCUGCUUACAAAGUUUAAGAGGGGUAUAUUGGGGUCACUCUGUCCCUCAGUGAAACAGUCAGCGUUCAUUCGUAUAAAGUGUGGAGCAAACUUCUUCCAAAUUUUUCGAGUGAUUACAUUGAAACUUCAAGACCUCAUAAGUGUUUUUCCCAGGAGGGCAAAGGGGCAUGGCGCAUUACUUUCAAAAAGGGCAUUUUAGCGCGCAGUUUAGGCAAAAAAGGCCAAAAACGUUCCCUGAAUACCUGAAUUACGGGGAAACAUGUAAUCGCAUCAGAAGCAGUUGUGGAUAAAAAUAACAUAUAAACAAACACAUUUAAUGGUAAUUGAUGUAUUUAACUUACUAUGAUUUAUAUUAUUAUAUUUACCUUGCAAUGUACAUUUAAGUUCCAUGCUGUUUCAAUAAACUGUACAGCACGCGUACAUAAUAAAGCAAUAUAUGCAUAUGAAUCUGAUUAUACACAGCUCCACUAACAUAUAAAUGAAACCAUAUUUCUCUUAUCCCAUUUUCUAACAAUAAUCUUGCCAGAUGUUUAAAAUAACAUUGCGAGUAAAUUGAUCGCAAACAAUAUGCAAACACUCGUUUCCGUGACAUACAUCCACCAAGUAGAUUACAAAUAAAUAAAUAAAUAAUGUUGUUGCUUUCUAAAACAUUUUUAUGCAUCGUUGAUUAUCACAGACAUUUCAUUAAAUCCUUCUUAAUGUAUAAUCUCCAUUGUUAUCGUUUACGACGUUAUUUGCCAUUUUUGCCGAGUCGCAAUUUAAUUCUGUAUAGUCCGCCAUGUUGUUAAAAUGUCAAAUGAUGUAAGCGACAGGUGCGCAUAGCAACGUUAAAUUGUAUACGCGAUUCGCAUUUUGUUAAAUUAGUAUACGUCUCAGUAAUUAUUUCAAUAAUGAGAUCUAAUUAUCUUAAAGACGAAAGCGAUAAAAAAUAAAUUAGUUGUGUUUUUAAAUGUAAUUAUGCGUAAAAAUAUAUGUUUUGAUAUAACUGAAUAAUGCAUGCAAUGCACAAUUGCCACAAGAAUAACAUCGAGUUUUUCAUCAAAAGUCUCCGAAGUAACGAUUUUAUCGUGGAGGAGUACACAUUGCCAACCAAAAAGUGCGCUUGGUAUAACAUAGCCUCUGGCAUUAUCGAUUGAUACUGACAAGGGGUUAUUAACGCAUGACUAAUUCACAGCUUUGGAGCAGUCUACCUAUAAAAUCGAGCACUGUAAUAGAUUAAAUCUGCUCAAUUAAUAUAGUCGAUUAGACGUUGACGUCUCUCGAGUAAAUCAAGCACAGUCGGAGCGUCACAGACAAUCAAGGACGCUGAUUUUGCGGACCAAGUUAGGUCAUAAGGCAAUAAUGAUUAUAUCGAUAAGGGCGCGUGGCGAAAUUUGUCUUUUAAAAGGGCAGAGUGGCUAUCCGUGAUGGCGGCGUGGCUUUUCGCCACGCUAAAAUGGCCUGGGAAAAACACUACUCAUCCAAAUGAAUUGAAGAUGUGCAUCAAACUGUUUUAACCCCAGUGAUUCACACAGAGGGCAAAAGGCUAGGUUACAUUGGAAUGCAGUGUAAGAAAGAAAAGGGGAAACAAACAUUAAAAUUUACAUAUUUGCACCACUUGGCUGCAAGUCCAGAGGAGGUAUUGGCAAAUGUUUUAAAAACAUUUGAGCCUCACCUGUGUCCCAGAUGAGUUUGCACAGGCUAAUCAGGGACAAUUUUUCCCUCUUAAACUGGACUUUUUCUAAGAGAAAAUUUCUUUUAACAAAAAAAAACAUUACAAGCUGAAAGUGUGAUCCUUGUUUUGCCUGUGCAAGCUAAUGCAUAAAACUCUGUUUCUCCUGAGGGAGGCUAAAUUUUUUGCAUAUCUCUCAGUCUUAAAGGCUUGACAUUUUGUUAAGGUUUACUCAUGAGUAUUGCUUCUAUUGGAAGAUGAUAGCUUGUUGUUAUGAGCAAACAUGUUUAGAAAUAUUGUUAUCAAAACAUAUAUAUAUAUAUAUAUAUGUAUAAAAAGAAUGUGCACUUCUUUGUGCAUUUCUGGGAAACAAAGAUAUUAUUACUGUUUAUUCAAGCAUCUUUAUCUUCCAUAAUCAAUAUUGUACACAAUGCAUGUGUUGUUUAAAAGUUCUUAAAUCCUGGGAAUGCUAACAUUACUUUGGCAUAUGUGAUGUUUGAUAUUUAUUUAUUUAUCUUGCAUGUCAAAUAUUCGUGGUUGAAAUACGUAUCACUAAUAGUUCAAUGUACUUUGUUCUUAUACUUAACUAUUUUAUUGUGUGUUCAGAUGUUUUCAUUUACUCAUGCAAAUAUUCUUAAACUUUGGUAAAAAAAUUCAACUUAGAAAUUUAAAUGUGUUGAUUGGAACUUUAAAAGUCAUAAAAAAGUUAUGAAAAAUGAAAUUUUCAAUUAUUUUGUCUUUAAAUUGACAACAAAAUCUAAAAUGUUAUUGAAAGCUAUGUUAUAUACUUUUUAAACUACUUUCAUUUUGAUAACGAGUAUUGAUGUUUUAUAAUUGUUCUCCAUCUGUAUUUGUCAUGUCAUGGUAGAGUUUUAGUUUAUUGUGAUUUUUAGCACGGCUGUUUUCGGAGAAAACCAGAGGUAUUGUCAUAGCCAGCUCGUCGUGUUGUGUCCAUCGUCGCGUCUGCCGUCCACGUCGUGCUAAAACCUUAACAUUUUGUCAAGGUUUGAACAUUGGCUCUAAAAUCAAAGUGCUUCAACCUACAACUUUGAAACUUCACAUGUAGCUGCACCUUGACGAGUUCUACAUGCCACACCCAUUUUUUGGUCACUAGGGGUCAAAGGUCAAGGUCACUUUGACCUCUUAAAAAAAAAAAUGCACCCGCAGCCAAGCGUGGCACCCGUGAUGUGGUGCUCUUGUUAAAUUAGUUUAAUUUAAAGUUUCUACAAUUUUAUAACAGCUGAUCAAAAUAUGUUUGAGAGUGUUGUAAAAAAGUUAAGAUUAAAAUGUAUUAUACUUGUGUUUGGCUAAUUACGCAUUAAGUACAACUCAAAUUCUUUUGUAUAGAAUUUAUUAUUAUUAUUAAUUGUGCCCCAAAUGAAAUAGAGGGUAAAUACUGGAAUCACCUUGGAUGACCGUCUGUUCGUAUAUGCAAACUUUUCACACAAAGUACCCUUACACUUUUCGACAUACAAAGAGAAGUUUUCCUUUUUUAUUUGAAGUUGAGCGUGUGCAGUUGUUAUCAUGGUAUUUGAUAAAUUUGAGUAUGUUUCUCGUUUUCUAAGCUUAAUUUCUAUACCAUUUUUAUAACAACUUGAUACAUUACACGACAUGCAGCAUCUGGGGAUAUUUGUCACGUCUGUAUAAGGCUCUAGAUGGACUGUGUUGGGCCCUAAUGUGAACAGAGUCGUUAGACUUUAACCCUUUGCAUGCUGGGUAAUUUGUCUUCUGCUAAAAUGUUGUCUGCUGAAUUUCUAAAAUUAGCAUUUUCUUCGAUUUUUUUCAAAGAAUACUAUCAGAAUAGCAAACAGUUUGGAUCCUGAUGAGACGCCACGUUCUGUGGCGUCUCAUCAGGAUCCAAACUGUUUGCAAAGGCCUUCAAAAUUCGGUUCCCGCACUGAAAAGGUUAAGUCCAUAACCACGCUUAUUGUGCUACUUGUUAAGAUGUGAUCUUAUAUUUGUACAUAUUGAUUUUAAACAAGAUUGUUUAUGUGGGAUUGAACAUUGCAAUAAAUACUAAGUUUGUUA